CAUUUUGAGAUUGUCUUGAAAAUCAAUGUAAUCUCAAACUUCUUAAAUUUUGCUUUGAUUUUUCAAAGAAAAAACUGCAACAAUCAUUUUCCUUUAAAAUCAUCGCUGUUCUUUUUCAAGUGAGAAUAACAUCAUUUUUUCAAAAUUGCCUUGAAACAUGGUUGUUUUGACACAUUAAAUUGCCCUGUUUUCAAGGCAAUUGAGUUUUCAAAAACGCCAUGUUUUUCCAAGCAAUUUUGAAAAAUGUGACAGAAAGCCCCUUUUCCUACUACUCCCUUCAAGUUUUCCCUAGCCUUGGUUUCUGUAAGUCAUUCUUCGCUUUUCUUAAAUCCAGUUGGUCUAGGUACCAUACUAUUCUUUUUUCUUUUUUGGGAGUAGGGGGAAGUAAAAUUCUAUUGAGACAGAAGUGGCAGAAAGCAUAAACCGGCCCUAAUCAUUAUCUUCUUCCAUGAUAUCACACCAUCUUUUGGUGUAGAUCAUUUCUCUAUCUCUAGGCUACAAAUCAGCCACCAAAUCAUAAAAUCUCCACCAUUUCCAAGUACUGGGUAACUGGCGACGAAGGUGAUGAGACUUCCCUGAGAAAGGUUGUCAGAGAAUUCUGUAUUCAGCAUUCAGUCUACCGUCUGAUAAAUGACUCUGUCUCAGUAGCAAGAGGUGGGUUGAGAAAUCAAUAUAAGAACACAAACAGAAGUAAUCUUAAGUUAAUCAGGAUGAAGCUUUUAAAACAUGCUCUAGUGAACUUCACCAUCUAAUGAAUUAGAUCGAGUCAUCAUUUUGUCCACAAAACACCAUAAAAAACUGUAAAGACUGUUACCCCAUGUGUUAGUGCUAUCUUCCUUAAUAUCUUUACUCCAGACAAUCCUGGUGAUUUUUCAUGAGGAACCAGGAGCUUUGAAUAAAACAGGAUGAUGGGAUUUUUUAUUUCUUAACAGCAAUCCUCAAAUCCAAAGAGUGGCAACCUAGUUUCUUUAGAAACUACAUCAAGAACAAAUCUGGAUAGGGAAUGAAAAAAAAUUCUUUUUUAAAAUGAGGAAUUUGACAAACCUUAAGCAAGCUUCACAUUCAUAUUUAUUUGCAAACCCAGCGGUUUGAAAAUGUUUGGAAGAGCCCAGUGCAGCGGAAGAGCCCAGACCUGACUUUGAAACGCCCUCCAAGAAAACGGCUUUCUCUGCAGAGGAGCUAACCCUAAACCACUUUUAACCCUAAAACCACCAAGUUUUUUUUGAGACAUUUUACAAGGAAUUUUCAAAAAAUUGUAAAAAAAUCAGUUUUUAAGAUUUUUGUUUGAAAUUUUCACUGUUGGCAGCCAAGAGGUAGAUAUUUAAAAAAACGGUUUUAAAGAAAUAUACCCCUGUAGGGUUUUUCAGCACUGAGAUUAAACACAGUUAUAUUGACCUAAAAAUUUUCCGAAAUUUUGGCUUGCAAGAGCUCUUGUGUCACGAAAUGAACGCAGGAGACUGGGGAAACUAGUUCACAGGUUACCCUCAACUAUCCGGAAUCAAAAUGGCGUCUGUUUACUAUAGUGACGAAAGUGAUGAAGAAAAUGUGCUUGAUGAACUUCUGCAGCCUGAAAAUGAGGAAACGGAUGAGGAAGAAGAAUCAAACUAUCACGAGUGGACACUUCAGCGACUCAAAGAAGAGUUGGGUCGAAGAAAUCUUUCAAAAACAGGCAGAAAACAAGAGUUGAUCGAUCGACUGGUUGAACAUGAUGAAAGCGGAGCUGUGUUGUGGUCAGAUGAAGAACUUGAAGUGGAAGACCUCCCUCCUUUUCGAAAACAUCUUGGCCCAACCUUCGUUGUUGGCGAUGAACAAAAUGCUGGAGAUAUAUUUAAUCGCUUUUUUACACCGGAUUUGAUAGAAGUUUUGGUUACAGAAACCAACCGAUAUGCACGUGGGAAAGAAGCUGUCCAUUGGGUUGACACUUCUGCUGAGGAAAUAAGAGCAUUUCUGGGAGUAACAAUUAGGAUGGGCUUGAAACAAGUACCUGAUCUUUAUGAUUACUGGUCAAACAGUACAGUUCUUUCAGUUGAUGGCAUAAAACAUGUUUUCCCGAGGAAAAGGUACGAGGAAUUGCUCCAUAAUUUACAUUGUGCUGACAAUGGCUCUGCCAUCCCUGCUGGCCAGCCAGGUCAUGACAAAAUUCAUAAGAUUCGAAACGUUUUGAAUAUUCUCAACAGAAAUUUUCAGGACAACUGGACACCACACCAGCAAAACAGUGUAGAUGAGGGAAUGAUUCCAUUCAAGGGAAGAAUUGGGUUCAAACAGUACAUGAAAGAUAAACCUACCAAAUGGAGUAUCAAGGUUUGGAAGUUAGUGGAUUCAGUUAGGGCCUACCUUCUCCACUUCAAAAUUUAUACUGGAAAAACUGAUAAUCCAGGAGCAAAUCUUGGAGAGAAAGUUGUCCUUGAUCUUUGUACUUCUCUUCCAAGGGGUAUUCCCUGGAAGCUGUACUUUGAUAACUUUUAUACAAGUUUGUCAUUAGCCAGUUCACUUCUUGAGCAAGGAAUCUUUUGUACUGGGACGACCAGACCAAACCGGGUGGGGUUUCCUCAUCAACUUCACAUGGCCAGACUCAAAACUGGAGAGAGUAAGUGGAUGAUGAAAGAACCAAGAUUUUUUGCACUGAAGUGGAAGGAUACAAAGGAUGUAUAUGUGCUGUCUACUAUGGCAAAGCCAGGGGUAGAAGAUGUCAGGAGAAAAGAGAAAGGUCAUGUGGAAGGUGUUAUCAAGCAGUGUCCCUCAGUCGUGGUGGACUACCGCAAGUACAUGGGAGGAGUGGAUACAAAUGAUCAACAUCUGUCAUAUUACAAAUGUUCUAGGAAGUCUAGUAAAUGGUGGAUGCCUGUGUUUAUGCAGAUGUUGGACAUGGCAAUUGUCAAUGCAUGGAUUUGUGAGUGUUUUCUCAGGGGAGAUCAUAACUCAAGAAAGCAGAAGGUGUUCAGAGAUGAGCUUGUGGUCUCUCUGUGUGGAAAAUUUACAGGAAGAAAGAAAGUUGGGAGGCCCUCUGGACUCCCAGGACCAAGGUUUGACAAGGCAGAACAUUGGCCUAAGAAAAGAGAACAAAGAGGUUACUGUGCUUGUGGCUGUGGAAGCCGUGGCCGUAUUUACUGUGGAAAGUGCAAUGUUCCUCUGACUAUUGAGUGUUUUGAACUGUGGCACACAACUGCCUAACUGAUGUAUUUUAAAAGCUUUUUCUACUUCAAAUUAAAUUAAGAUUUCCUUUACAAUGAUGUUUAAGUUGUAGAAACAGUUUUAAAGACAUUUUAACAAUUAUUCUUACUUCCAAUACCAUGUAUACAU